AUGCAAUCGAAGACAUUAUCGAAAGCCGACUCGAAAGUCCUAGAACAGGUUUUCGACCCAGAAAGUGGUCCUGCAAAGGCAGAGGUCCUAGUCAACCCCGACCUGCCAAUUGAUCGUCACAUAUCAGACCACGACCUUCUUGCACAGCUCAAAUCGCGCGAGAAAGAGGCGAUAUCAUUCAUCGAGCAGUGCGAAGCUUCGGGGCGUGCACACCAAAACAAAGAUGCGGCAUAUCUCGCAGCGCUGGCCAUACUGGAUGACCUGAUCAACAGUCACCCAGACUAUGCGUCGGCACGCAAUAAUCGAGCGCAGCUCCGAAGAUGGCGUUUCGGUGAUCGCAACACAUUGUGCCAGAGAAAGGCAUGCUUCAACAACAGCCGAAGGGCGGGCGCCACAGCUGCCGUUGCGGACCUCAAGUCAGCAAUCACGCUUGCUUCGCCAGAUAGACCGCAGGAUGCUGUCUCUCCAACCCAAGGCCGGUUGCUCGCUCAAGCACACACUCAGUUGGGCGCGAUCUACUACGCGGCUUUCAAAGACCUGGAGGAGGAUCCCGACAUGGAGGUGGCAGAGCUGGAAAGCGCCGUGUGGACCAAGGACAAAUUUGAAGAAGAGGCUUCGAGGCUGUUCUACCUUGGCGGAUUGUAUGGCAACGAGGUGGCGAAAGCACUAGCUGUGCACACCAAUCCUCAUGCGAAGCUCUGUGGUAGCAUCGUGAAAGAAGCCAUGCGCAAGGAGCUGUCUGGUGCUGCAUAA